AUGUCGGUGGAUCUCCAACCCCCAGAGCUUGGAUUCAGGCGCCCGUUCACCCACGAAGUCAGCCAAGUGCUGCGCCUCGCCAAUCCAAACUCCGRGCCAGUGGCCUUCAAGGUCAAGACUACCGCGCCCAAGCAGUAUUGCGUGCGCCCCAACUCCGGUCGCAUCGAGCCGGGCCAGCAUGUCGAGGUGCAGGUGUUGCUGCAGGCGAUGAAGGAGGACCCACCACCAGAUGCGCGCUGCAGGGACAAGUUCUUGGUGCAGUCGGUCGCCAUCAGCGCAGCUAGUGACGUUAGCAAUGUCGCUCAGGUUUGGGCCAACAUCGAGCAAACUGCCAAGAGCAGCAUCCAAGAAAAGAAGAUUCGUGUCUCUUUCCUGCCCGCCGACGGUAGCGAUCCUUCCACAAACGGCAUCGCCCACUCCCUCCACGAAGACGACCACCCACCGGCAUACUCCUCACCAGCCCCAACUCCACAGCGAUCGAGCGUCCUACCGCCUACCGACAACAGCAAGAGCCCCGAGGCGCCUACGGUUGCGCAAUCCACCCUCAACACCGCAACUGCUGCUGUUUCCAGCGUGACUGGCUAUAGCGAGCAGGACCUCAAGCGUCAACUCGAGGAGGCCAAGUCUACCAUCUCUCGGUUACAGCAACAGGCCGCGGAUGGAUUGAGGCAGCGGAAGACUGGAGGGGCCGGAGCAUCGGUUGAGAAGACGAACCCAGCGAGUCAGCAGACUGUCUCGCCCCCAGGCGGUGUCUCUGUUCAGAUUGUCGCAUUGUUGUGCUUGUUCAGCUUCUUGCUUGCAUACAUUUUCUUCUAG